AUGGAGACACUAGACAACUGCAUCACCCUGGUGCAUAUGAUCAGUAGCGGUUCCAGAGGAAGCCGCAAGCUGUUUUGGAAGAAUGUGCGGAUGGAAUGUGAGCGGCUAUGCAGCGAGGCCUGGAAAUUAUCAAGCUGGGGAUUGCUUGCCGCUAUGCAAUCUGUGUCUAUUUACGUCCUAUUCAGAUUGGAUGAAGGCGAGACAGAGCACAAUGACUUCGAUUCAUUCUUGCUCGCAACAGUCACAGUCAUAGCCAAGCUACUUAUUAAAAAAGAUACCGCAAGCGAUUAUACUCUCGAACGGAACUGGAAGGACUGGGUCUAUGAGGAAUCAAGACGAAGAAUAGCGGUCAUCUAUCGAGUUGUCAACAUGCUGGUUUAUUUUGAUCCUGCAAAAUUGUGUAAUCUACCCUCAGAUCUGGUAUUGGCACCACUCCCGGCCAAGAAAGAUCUCUGGGAGGCGAGUGAUGAGCGAACUUGGAAUUCAGAGAGCAAGAAAGAUCCUACGGCAGGAGUUGAUUUUGGCCUGGCGAGAAACGGGGGUCUCAUUAGACUAGGAAACGCUUGCAAGGACGAGGUAUUCGUCCAUACUGCCAUUACCUCCACGAGUCCGUUGCGAACGAGUGCGAGCUGGGAGGAGUGUACCAACAAGACAAGUCCUCUACCCCAUUUGAUUGGAAGUGAUUUCAUCUUGCCUGGUCAUUGA